GCCCGUAGCUAGAUACCCCUUCGACGUCACACAUACACCUUUACUGCAUAUUAUCUAUUGCGGAGGAUCGUCUGGGGGACGGUACAGCUGUAUCAAACCACGAGGCACAAUGGGCGAAACUGUACACCACGAAGACGAGGAAAUGCACGAACUCAACCAGGAAGCCGACUUUCUUGAGCAGAAAGUUGCAGUAGAUCCCAAUGGCACUACUGAUAAUGCUUCCAAAGUCAACCGACACCAUAGCGACCCAGACGCACAGGCCAUGGUCAUUGAUUCCCUCCGGUCACAGGUACAAGACCUAUUCGCACAAGUGUCACAGCUCAACAGCAAGCUCGUACGGUCCUACGAUCGCGUUUCGGACCUCGAAGAUGAAAUACAUGUCACUUCCUCAAAUCUACGUCAAGCUACGCUCAAGAUUUCUCAGCUGGAAUUGGAGAGAACGCAACACCUGUCUGCGCUGAGUACUGGCUUGCUAGUCGAAAAAUCUCAUGUCACCUCGGAGUUGACGCGACUCAUGGAGAAGGCAACAGAGGAAGCUGCAAGACGUGGACAAGCUGAAAGUGCGAGGGCAGAGAUCGAACAAGAAUUGGACGACCUCAGUGCAGGACUCUUCGAUCAAGCCAAUAGGAUGGUGGCGGAAGCUCGCUUCGCUCGCGCUCGAAGUGAACAGAAGGUCACGGAGACAGAAACAGCAUUAAAGAGCGCAGAAGAAGUUGUGGGGAUUCUUCAGUCCCAAAUGCAGAGGUUGGAAGCGGAGAAAGAGCAGGCUCAACGGAGGGUCGAGGAAAUGCGUGCGACAAUGGGUAAGGGCAAAUGGGUGUCAAGACCUAGGUUCACCGGCACAAUGAAGUUGCAUCUGUUGUGUACUCACUUGCCGUACCAUGAGUACUUGCAAUUCAUUGGUCACCUCCGCUCUAUACGUCCAACGACGCAACACGCUCCUGCGAUGUCCACGUUGUUACCACUGCCUUUGCUGGCAAGGCUGGUUUCAGAAGAUUCAGAUCCAACUGUUCGUUUGGAUAUGGCGCCCUCGCUCAACUGGCUUACGCGACGUUCUGUCCUGUCCGCUAUCCAUAGCGGGCAACUCACUGUCGAGCCUAUGUCUACUUCCACCCUCCUAGAGGAACUCUCGCCUCCAAAUAUACCCGGAAGUAUCCAUCAUACCCAUGUCGCAUGUGCACUCUGCGGCGCUACUAUUUUAGAUCCACCUUCAUCUGGAAAAUCCACUCAUCUAUUAUCACCAAACCGUAAUGCGUCAUGGACGUCAGCAUCUGCGCUGCUGAAGAACUCACUACAGAGCAUAUCCCCUGCUUCGAAUACUAACUUCUCAACCCUCGCGCUUCAUAAUGCUCCUCCUAGCGAGCCACCGACCCAGGUGUAUAUCUUCCGUCUAGCUACUUCGUCGUCUGGAUUACCUGUAUCGCUACCGAUUGCAUCACAGCAGUCGAAUGCACAACAACGUCCGACAAUUUACCCCCUGUGUACCACCGGUUGGUGUCUAACAAGGCUUCGAACAACAUGCUGUCUGUGGGCAUUCAUCCGAACGGGUAUCGUUGAAAAGGUCUGGGAGGAAGAACCUUUUGUCCCAACACCAUCAUCCGAAACGCCCAAGUCCAAUGUAAACGGUGUUUCGAAACAACCUGAAUCUGGUUCCCCAUCGUCUGAUUCUAAAGCACCGGUCCCUCCACCAAGACGAUCACGUAUAGGUGCAUUAUGGGGUACGAUGCAGCGUGGUUUGAGCGGUAGUAGGGAACCGGGAACGGAAUCUCCUGUCAAAAGUGAGGAGGGUGAGAGGAGGACUGCAUCCCCAGCACCUCCCUCGACUCCUACAAAAAGAAGAUUGCCACCUCCGCCACCCUCCCAUCCUUCGGUGCAUGCGCCUGUACCGAGGCUUGCUCAGCCCCAACCUCAAGCCCAGUCUGCGCCUCCUCCUUUGCCGAAGAGAAAUCGUACUCGAGACGAACACCAUCAACCUGUUUCACGUUCCGAGAGUCCUGCCCUUCCAAAUCGAACUGCCUCGCCAGCUGUCAAUGGUGUUUCAACUAAUGCUGAUUCGACAUCGGUGCAUACGGAAUCUACUCAGACAGCGUCACAAGAAGCUCCUCGCUUAACUCUACCCGAAGCACCAGAAAGUGUUCGAAGCGAGUCUCAUGAUCACUUUAUCACGCCUGUCGAAGAGUAUCCUCCAUCUACGCCUUCACGGCCUAUAUCUCCUGCAACAAUCCCCCUCCCCGCUUCUGGGCCAUCAACGCCAGUUCCAACGGAAACGGAGCUGCCCCCGGAGCUACCUUCUGCUGAAGCAACGUCUACAACAUCUGAAGAAACGCCCCCACCUGCACCUGCAUCUGUCCCUGCAGCGGCAGCAAGUGCGGUCCCUUCAGCAGCUGAAGACACGGCACCUGCGCAGACGGUACGGCCAGUGCCUCCUCCCUUGCCUCGACGUGCGGCGGCUCGUACACGCCCAACCUCGACUGCGACGCCUGCGGCUGUUUCAGUACCCACCACAGAACCCGCUCCCACCGAAAGCAAGGAAGUCGCUACCCAGAACUCUGCCCCAUCAUCAGAAGUGCAUGGAACUGUUGAUGAGGAAGACGUCUCGAAGAACGAAGUCCUUCCCGCUUCAGAAGAGCGUCAUGAAUCUACAGACCGAUCGACGUCACCUCAGGAAGGUACUGGGUCCGUAGAACUAACACCUGGAAUACGGACACCGAGUCCUACCCAGAGCCCUCCCCUCGACGUAUCAAAUCAUGACGAUCAGAAUUCCAAUUCGUCUGCAGAGAAAGUGUCGACGUCACCAGUGGUCAUUUCAGACAUUGACCUGUUUGAGGAAAAGGAACGUGACGCCGAGGUACAUCGUGACGGUGUCGAUGUUCCUGAAGAGACGGCGGAAGAGGAUGAGAUCCCUGGUGUGUAUGUUACCGAUGGCACUUGGGAAGAGCGAACCUGGAAGGAGUUGGUGAAGUUGAGGGAGGAUAUGUUCUGGGCGAGGUUGGGUGGUCAUCGGUGAGCUAGGUGAUGUUUUUGUUUCCUUCUAUGUAUUGGAUGCAAUAGAUGGACUUCUUGUGUAUGCGGCGAGCUAUAUGAAUUUCAUGCUAAUGACUUUGUUCACGAAAUAUUCAAACCAUGGACGAUCUCUGAUGAUCCGGCCUCUGCUUUCGACUUACACUUACACGCAAAGUUUUGACCGUGGCACGGUCAGUUCUCCACAGGACCUCGAGCUUCAGGCUCCAUUUCAAACCGCAAAGGGCUAAAGUGAUUUUGAGCUGCGGAGAAGAAUUUUUGUGGAUUAAACUCGUCAUUGUGGAGCUAUUGCGGAUAUGGUCUGGUACUUUCAGAACUAUAUAAAACACCGUUUCGAGGUGACUUGGAGUCUACACAAACACAUCUCACACCAUCUGUCAACGACACUUACAACUUGCAUUUAAACAACUUAUCCUUACCUACUCACGAAUUAAUCAUGCCUCUCUUUGG